UCGCGGCGCGCACUGAGCAUCCCAUAGCGCUGUUCCGCCCGGCACAGGGUCAGUCCGCAGCGCCCGGCACACGGUGAGGGGAGUGGCUCUCAGCAGACACCGGGACCGGCUGCGGUGCCUCAUUCUUCUCUUCCCGGUGCCCGGGCACACUGGCAGCCGGCACUGCCGGGAGCAGUGAGUGUCCGGCGGCUGCACCUCCUUUCCCGUGUCCACCCGAGCUGCGGGAGCGCCUGGAGAGCAGACAACCAUGAGUGAUCGAAAGGCAGUGAUCAAGAAUGCGGACAUGUCAGAAGAGAUGCAGCAAGACUCUGUGGAGUGUGCUACUCAGGCCCUGGAGAAGUACAACAUUGAGAAGGACAUUGCUGCUCACAUAAAGAAGGAGUUUGACAAGAAAUACAAUCCCACUUGGCACUGCAUCGUGGGAAGGAACUUUGGCAGCUACGUGACUCAUGAGACCAAGCACUUCAUCUACUUCUACCUCGGCCAAGUCGCUAUUCUUCUUUUCAAGUCUGGGUAGAACCGCGGACUGUUACUGAAACUUGCACCUGGACUGCAGACCAACUCCAAACAGGCUCCUGCCUUCAGCCUUCCCAAGGAAACAGACCUUGAUCUUCAGGUCUUUUGUGGUAUUGUUAAUGGUCAGGGAUUUUGCUGUAGCAGCUGCUAUUUUUAUUGUGGCUAUAAAAAAGGCAAAAGUGUCUUCCGUGUAUUUAUUUUCUUUCAAAAGAUGGCUUCUUUGCUAAUAAAACUGUUGGAACAAGUUUA